UUUCGUGUCACAGAUCCCUGCAAAGACGCUCGUUCAUUGACAACCAAAAUCAUCAAUAUGAAACAAGGACGCAUAAAUCGUGGAGAAGUAGCACUAGAACUCGACGAGAAUUCCAAUGAAGUUCGUAGAAACAACUGGGUUCGUCCUGUAGAAAAAUCCAAAGACAGCGAUUACGCAUCGAUACAACAGAAGCGAUAUAGCGAAUGCUCGGAUCAGGUGUUUGAAGAUGCUGAGAAGGUCACUGAGUGCAGAGCUGCAAAUCAGCUAAAUGGUGCAAGUGCUGACAUAAAACCUAGCGUAAUGGUGCCUCCGAACAUGCAACAGGAGCAUGUGAACCAAAAUCUGAGCUCGAAUCCACCUCAGUACCUUCAUGAAGUAAUCUCGAGAAGCGCUAGUCUGCCGGUUUCUGCUUAUAAUGUCAUACCUAAACAGACAGCACAGGAGCUCAGACAAAGGGUUCUAGCCGAAUCGCGUUCACCAUCCACUCCAAAAAGUGUCCGCGCCUUUGGGUUCGAUAAUCGUUCUACUCAUUCUGAGGCUGAGCGUUUAUCCACAAGCAAUCUGGCGACAAGAAACACUGCUACCACAAAUGACAUGUCAUAUGUGCAGCCAUCGCGAAUCUCGAUUAAUAUUGUAAGUGGCUCAGUUUACACUCAUCGACAUGUUUAA